AUGCCGGAUAACCCAGUGGGUAAACUGGUCAAUGAACUCCAUAAGCUAGGUUUGCAGGAGCCGUCUGCCCCCAUGCCGGAAAAGUUGUCGAGGACGGCUGACUUCGGUCGGUGCGAGGCGAGGGUGACGGACUACCUGCGCAGGGCUGAUGCUUCGUCGCGAAGCGGAACCAUCACAGGACUGCUGGAUGACGAAGUCUACGACCUCGCUCAGUUAGUAGACAUAUCUGCUUCCAUGUCGACGACGGACACCCUGAAUCGCCUUCGUCCAAAUCCCGGGGCGUCUAUGAACCCCUGGAUUCUGCAAUACGAGUUUCGGGGCCGCGUCCAGCAGCCGGGUGAACAAGUCCUCGACUACCAGCAGGCCUUUCGUCUCCUGGGACGGAGGGCUUUUCCCACCAUGAAUGCUCCAGCCCUCAUUCAACGGGUGUUGGAGCAGUUCAUCGCUGGUGUCAGGGACCCUGAAAUCCGGAAGGCCUUGAUGCGGGAACAACCGUCUACCCUCGGCAAAGCCCUUGACCUCGCACGUCAAAAGGAGGCGCUCCAGGCAGUCUGCGAUCGGCCAGCUCAACCUCUCCUCCGCAUCGCUGCUCUCCGGCCGCAGAAGGUCCGCGACUGUGGUACUCAAACGCCCUGGAGCCGCUGCUCCUGCGCCUCCUUCUACCCCCGACAAAACUAG